UUGUUAUCGUGUUGUUGUGUGCGGCCUAUUCUACGAUGACACAAAAUACCAAUAUUCCUGUCAAUUAUCCAAUGAUGCCGCCAAUGGACGAUAUGAAUAAGUAUGCACAUUUACUACAAGUUAUUGAAGAAAUGGGACGCGACAUUAAGCCGACUUAUGCCAACAAUAAGAAUGCUGCAGAGAGACUAAAGAAAAAUAUUCAUACUGCCAGAAUUUUAGUCAGAGAGUGUGUUUCAGAACUUGAGCGAGUAAUGAGAACGUAA